AUGGAAAUAGACAGCGAGAUCAACGUUGAUGGCAACGCCCACACGAGUGGGCAGAUUGCCACUCCCUCGAAGACUCAUGCUGACAAGAAAGAAGCGAAGAACAAAGAUCAUGAUUUCUAUUUCAACUUCUAUUCAUCAUUACAGAAUCAGGCAAAUAUGAUAGGUGAUAUUUCACGUACUGGGACGUAUCGGAAAGCAAUAUUGGGUAACGCAGAAGUAGCUUUUAAAGAUAAAAUAGUGCUGGAUGUCGGUGCUGGAUCUGGUAUAUUGUCGUAUAUGUCUGCUCAAGCGGGUGCCAAGGAAGUAGUAGCGCUGGAAGCUUCUUCGAUGGCUGAGAAGAUUGAAAUUCUGAUCAAAGCUGCCAAUGCUGGUAAGAACAAUGCUCACCUGAAGGACCGUAUACGGAUAGUCAGAGGUAUGGUGGAAGAUGCCAAAGUGCAAGAACAAGUUUUGCAGAAUGGGAAAGUGGAUACCAUCAUUUCAGAACCUAUAGGUGUCAUGCUGCUCCACGAGAGAAUGGUUGAAUCAUUCAUCUUGGCUAGAGACUUAUUCCUCAAACCGGAUGGGCAAUUGCUACCUUCGGCAGGACAGAUAUUCUUCUGUCCCUUUUCAGAUGAGGGAUUGUACAAUGAGACGGAUCAGAAAGCCCAGUUUUUCAACACUACUCUGUUUGGAACCGACUUUAAGGAGUUAUAUCCUGCUGCAAGGGAAGAAGUGUUCGCUCAGCCGGUAGUUGGGAUGUUCCCUCCUUCGUCCUUAGUAUCGACAGCAUGUACACCCAAAUCGUUCGAUUUUUACACAUGUACGAAAGAGGAUCUAUUAGAAUUCACAAUACCGGUGGAUUUCGUCGUUCACAGGACGACUUUGAUACAUGGGCUGGCAUCGUGGUUUGACCUAGAUUUCUAUCCUCGUCAACUCCCAACUUCGGAAGAUCCAAAUUGGAAUUACCCAAUAUCAUCUACCGGUAAUUGGCAGUGGAUGUCACAGGAAUCGCCACUGAAUCCUGGUCCUACGCCUGUACCACCGAAAGAUGGAUUGGCGGUUAAGUUGUCUACUGGGCCAAGUGCGGCCAGAACACACUGGCAACAAGCCCGUCUGUUACUUCCAGAACCACUAGCAGCAAACAAAGGCGAGCGAUUGAAGGGUUCGAUCCACUUCAAAGUGAACGACGCUAGGUCAUACGACCUGACUCUUGAUCUCGAGAUCGAUAGACCAGGUCCUGAAUGGAGUCCUAACCCGUUGAAGAGAAGGGCGGAAUAUCAACUACAACAACAAUGUUUCAACUACUCGUAUAACCCUGAUGCCUCGUUGAAUGCUCUAAGUAUGGCCGCUGGUAUAUAA